UUUUUUUUCUGUUUCGUUCACAAGUUUGGGGCUAUUUCGUUCACAACUGUUUCGGUGCUCAGCGACAUUGGUAUGGCGCCGUUCAACUCCGUUCGACUCUGGCACGUUCUUCUCGUAUCCUCGCUAUCGUGGCUUACCAUUUCAACAGCUCCAAUGUCGGACAUUGAUGUCACGGUGGAUGAUCCUCAACGCACAGGCUGCUUGUACGACGGCAAGUUCUAUAAAGAAAGCCAAACGGUGGUCACCAAAGAACCUUGUCUCAACUGCAGCUGCCAGAACGGAGCGUUGCGUUGUCACCUGCAAGUCUGCCCUUUCCUGCACGACAUUUACCCGCCACCGGCCGGCUGCGUUCUUGUCGAGAGGAAGAACGCAUGCUGCCCGAAAUUACAUUGCCCCGGUGCACAUUCCGGUGGGAACCGACUCUUCCGCAAAGAUCCUACCGGUCAGGUGGGAGCCUGGAAAGUUCGCGAAGAUUUGCGUAAAAGAUUGGUGAAACAUCUUGCCAAAAGUGGCAGCGAUAAACAAGGUUGCGUGGAUUCUGGAACGUUGUACGCCGACGGCUCUGCCAUGAUGACGUCGUCCACUUGCGAAUAUUGUUUCUGCUUAAAAGGGAAACAGACGUGCGUCAAACCGCGAUGCGCCGAACCGGAACUGGAAGGAUGCACGCCCCGCUUCCGCGAUUUGGCCUGUUGUCCAACUCAUUACGAUUGUGCCACGGCGACGGUCAACGCCACUUCCGUCGUACUCAAGACGAUUACACCCACCGAACGUCGAGGUGACCGCGUUCGUCUUGGUGCGGCAAACGUACGGGGCAAUGACCGCAUUUUCGAUUCUUCUUCGACGACGUCCUCACAUCACCAGAAGCUGGCCAAUUCGCGUGUCUUGCGCAAGAAGAUGCUGACGAAACGUAGCGCUGAAGUCAAAGUCACAGAAGCCACGCCUUCCAGUACAGCACAGCCUGAGGAAGCCAAUGCCGUUACCCUUGGACCGGAUCACCUGACGGAAGAGGAUCCGCAAUCCAAUUUAGAGGCCAUUUCCGCUGCAUCGUUCUUCCGCAAAGCGAUUGACGAGUCCCCGAAUAACGACGUCCGACUCGACUCGAUCGAAACUGUGGAAGGCCCGCAUUUCGAUUCGUUGGCCAUCGAGGGAUCUUUGAUAGAAAGUCGAGUACCUGCCCCAAUGUCCAGCACCGACGUGCCAGAAGAGUCGGCCACGGUCGCAAUGGAUGACAGCGUCGCACCGACGGCCAUAACUGGAGAUGAGGAGGAGCCCAUCUUCGAUGAUUUACCAGCUUCAUCGCGUCUGGAUGAAGAACCUGAAUUGACUCCAGACGAAUUAGAGGCCGAAGCGGCCGAAAGGAACAUUGAAGUCAGCGUUUCUUCAUCGAUUACGUCCGUUUCGCAAUCCUCCGCCCGCGUGGUGGGCAAAGAAGAUGCGGCGAAAACGAACGCAACGGCCGCUCCGGUGGCAGCUCCUCCACCGACCAACGCUAACGUUAUGCCUGUUGAUAAUAAAACAGCCAAACCGAUGGCCGAUGCGGGACAAGCCGUUCCGCUGGUACCUCCAAUGUUGGCGGAAGAAGAGGAGCCCCUCGAUUACGAUUACAGCAACAUGGAACUGCCUCCGUCGUUGCCUAAUCUCGAAAUCAUUCCGUUCGUGGCGGCAGAUGCGGUGAUGGGCGUGCCCAAUUUAGAAGAAGACGAACGAUUGAAUUUAGGCGGUGUCAUGGAACAGCGGACGCCAAUGUCUCAGGCAGCUGCCUCUGAAUCGCAAACAGAGCACUGUAGUAGCGGUGGCAAUUUGUAUAACCACGGCGAGUUGAUCAAGGGUGAAGUGGAGGAUGCCUGCAAGAUCUGUCGCUGCAUGCUGGGCGAGAUCGUUUGCCACGAAACGCAGUGCGCUCCCCUAUUGCCCGGCUGUCAGCGGCUUGACCAGCCCGGUUUCUGUUGCGGACAAGUGGUCUGCGGUGGGAAUGCUGGUGAUCGAGUGGAACCGUUGAACGAUGUCGUUAACAGCACGAUCGCAAGCGAUAAAGGUCAGCCGGAAGAGAAAGUCCAGCAGCAACCAUCGGAUGAAGAAUUGAAAACAACAUCGACCACGCAGCCAUCGUCGCCUAUGCUGGCCUUCAAAGUGACGUUCCCACCUCGGCCGAGCAGCACUCUGCCUCCGCCUCCACCUACGCCGAGCUUCUUGUUGCGGCGCUUCACAUCGAGUAGGCCUACGCCGCGACCGACCGUGCCAACGACGGCCAGAUCGUUCAACAGCAAAUUCAACAAGCCGGCAAUAAAUAAUCUAGUCGGAGUGCCAGCACCUUUCGCUACAGGAGGAUUGAGGAUUGACAGCUGCAACAUUUACGGGCAGAUGUACCGAGUGGGACGCAUCAUCGAUGAGCUGUCGGGACCAUGCGUUGAAUGCAAAUGCACAGAGAUCGGCGUCAAUUGCGUGAAUCUCAAGUGCUAAUGAACGCAGUUCUCGAUUUUUGUAUCUGAUCUGCUCCCCCCCCAGUAAACGCGUCAAAUCACGCCUUCGUCACGCUAAUUAACACAUAACAAUCAUUUAUUAUUCCUUUUUUUUGUUCAAAUGGGUGCUUUCUUCUUAAACGUUUUAUAUUUUUUGUUCGUAUGACGAGUUGCACGAAAUAGCACGAAGUGAUUUUUGAAUUUAGGUGUGCGACAG